AUGCUGAAUCUUCUUGACGACGUUACCCUCGGCAUCGAUAGUGUUGAUGGCACCUAUCUUCUCGUCCUUGACGAACUUGCUAUGCAAUUUGUGCGUCAUGGCAUGGAACUUGCGUCGCCAGCGUGUUCGACACCUUCGCCGCGGAUCCGGGUCGGGAUCAUCUCCUUCGUCAUCGUUGCUUCCGCUUCCGCUUCGACUUCGGGCAGCGCCUCGGCGAUCGCGCGUGAGUCGAGGCUUGGGGAGGUCCAUCGUCGCGGCGAUGGAACGAGUACGGUCCAAAGCAUCUUCGUCGACAUCCGAGCUGACAAACUCGGAUCCUGUACUCGUUGGGCGUCCGGGUGGUGCUGAGGACGGUCUCGUGCCUUGACUCGAGAUGGUCGCCGUCGGUAGGACUCGAUGCGCCGUGCGCACGUCCUCCACGCUCGAGCCCGAGCCCGAGCCGUUCAACGAAGAAGGAGAAGCCUCCUUACCCUCCAUAGACGAAAGUGCACUCCCCAUCUGCGUUCCCGAUCGCUUCUCCUCCAUCUUCUCAUCCCGUGGACGUGGAUCGAUCCUCCGCGCCGUGGGCAAGGAGGGAAUCGAGCGUCCAAAGAGACGACCCAUCUUCGAUCGCACGCACGGGCGGGCAGAGGGCGUUCGUGGGGAUGCCGAUGCCGGUGGGGGGACGGUCUCGGCGAUGUGCACCGACCGCGUUCUCGGGAUACGUGUGGAUACGGGUCAACUUAGUGAUGAUGUGUACAAGGCGACAUUGUAG